AUGACUCGAGACAAGGACGCCUCUCUUCCAGCGCAAAUCUCCGCUUUGGCUGGCGGCCUACCGGGGCAUGCUCUCGAUGAGAAAACGCGUCUCGAGGCAUUGGCUGCUACUCAGGGGUUGUUGGCAGCCUUGCAGUCGCCAAUUGAACGGGUCCUUCAGGAUGUGGUCAUGAACCCUCCCAUUCUCAUGGCCAUUCGCAUGGGUGUCCAGCUAGGUAUAUUCGCUCAGGUUAGCCGGAGCCCAGAAGGGGUGACUUCGCAAACGAUUGCCGAGAUAUCAGGAUCCAGCCCCAUUCUUGUUGACCAGAUCAUCCGGCUCCUUUCCGCUGUAGGAUAUAUCAAACAACAGGAUGCACAGACAUUUAUUCCUUCCGCUCUGACCACGGUCAUGGCAGAUUCCACCAUCGAAGCAACGACACGAGCUUGCUUCGACAUCGGAAAUCUUUGUACCGCCAAGGCGCCAGAAUUCUUCCGCCAGAAUAACAAUCAGUUCCCAUCUUCUGCUAAAGACACCCCGUUCCAACUGGGCUUCACUACUGAACUCAGCUACUUCGAGUGGCUCGGGCACAAUCCCGAUCUGGCCAGGGACUUCCAGCAGUGGAUGACAUUAAAGCAGAAAGCCACUCCCAACUGGGUCGACUGGUUCGACAUCCAGCAGCACGUCAUCGAGGGCUUCAAUGCUGCAUCUUCCGACAACGUCCUCCUCGUCGACGUCGGCGGCGGCGAGGGCCAUUAUGCGCGACAUUUCAAGGAGAAAUUCCCCACUGCCCCUGGGCGGUUGAUUCUCCAGGAUCUGCCGCAGGUCAUCUCGACCAUUGAGGUUCCCCCCGUCGGCGUUGAGCUGAGAACCCACAAUUUCUUCACCGCCCAGCCAGUCAAGGGUGCCCGGACAUAUUUUAUGCACUGGAUUCUCCACGACUGGUCGGAUGAGCAGUGCCGGUCCAUUCUGUCCCAUCUUGUGGAUGCCAUGGAACCUGGAUACUCCAGAUUGAUCAUUCAUGAACAGGUUCUCCCCGACACCGAUUGUGACCUGCCCUCGGCUUGCAUGAGCAUCAUGAUGAUGGUACAAGUUGCCGCCUUUGAGCGCUCCCAGAAGCAGUGGCGAGACCUCCUUGGAUCAGUUGGGUUGACGAACAUUGUCUUUCACCAACCCCCCGUCAGUGGUGAAGGAAUUAUCGAAGCCAUUAAAUAA